UCUGUUCCGCCGUUCAGUCGUCGGGAGCUCAGCUGUUUGUCCGGAGACGUUCACAGCUUCCAAAUAAACGGAUAUAAACUUUCUGUGGCGGUUUUCUGGGUCGACACCUUCCUGUGCGGAUUGGCGACCUUUGACCGACUCUUGACGAGAUUUAGGAGAAUGGUGGAGCAGGACAGAAGACUUCUCCCUCACUGAGAGAAGAAGAAGCAGAGGACGGAGGCGUGGGGGCUGGCUGAGUUUCAGGAUGGAGCGAGUUCAGGGCCUCCUGCUGAACGAGGAGGUGUGCAGUCAGCUGGGUGAACAUCAGAGGGCGGAGUUCAUCUUCGAAUGGCUGAACCACCUGAAGAAGCUCCUCCCGGCCACUGACAGGGUCGUUAUCAAACAGAACCAGCGACGGCUGAUCGACCAGCUGUCAGGCGUUCUGAUUGGCUCCCCUGGCCCUCCGACCCGCUGGCUGCUGGCCCACUGUUUGGCUCUGGUCUACCGCCUUGGAGACCCCGUACCCUCAAGCUUAUUGGUGGAGAGGUGCAAUGACAUCAUCCGCAGCAAAGACGACUCUCCGUCAGGCCUCCCGACCCGGCUGGCAGCCGUUGCGUGUCUCGGUGCUCUGUACGAGCAGCUCGGCCGGAUGCUCGUCGGCUCCUUCAGAGACUCUCUGUGCAACCUGCUGAAGGCCAUGAAGAGCGCUGAGUCUCAGGGUCGCUAUGAGAUCAUGCUGAGCGUGGAGAAGAUCCUGCGAGGUUUGGGUGUCAGCGCUGUGCCCGGUCACCGUGACGUCUACAAGGCAGCGAGAACCUGUCUGACGGACCGAUCCAUGGCCGUACGCUGCGCCGCCACCAAGUGUUUGCUGGAGCUGCAGAGGGAGGCGGUGUUCCUGUGGACCAGCGAGCUGGAGAACGUGGCCACUCUGUGCUUCAGAGCCUUCGAAGGAUCCAACUACAACGUCCGAGUGUCUGUGGCCAAGCUGUUGGGAACUCUGCUGGCUGCUGCUGUGGAGCCCAGACAGCCCACAGGCCCCAGACAGGGUGGGCGAGGCCGGAGCUCUCUGGAGGAGGUGAUGGAUUUGUUGAUGGCGGGGUUCCUGCGGGGUGGGGCAGGUUUCCUCCGAGCCAGCGGAGACAUGUUGAAGGGGACAAGCUCUGUCAGCAAGGACAUCCGUAUCGGAGUCACACAGGCCUAUGUGGUCUUCGUCUCCACCCUGGGAGGCUCCUGGCUGGAGGCCAACUUCCCGGCCUUUCUGUCCCUGCUGAUGGAGCUGGCAUCCCACGGCAGAGCCACACAAACGCCGUGUGACGCCGUAGUGACCCGCCACUGUGUCUCCUUCAUCCUGAGGAGCACCCUGGGGUCUCUGCUGGGAGAGAAGGCCCAGACCAACGCUGCCAAACAGCUGUGUCUCGCUGUGGCUUCACAGAAACGAGCCAUCGACGCAGCUCUGACUGAUGGGAAUGUGGAGACCAGAGUUUCAUCUGCAGACGUCUCAGCCAGUCAGCAUGUGUUGGUCUGCUGCCUGCUGGAACUGGGAUCGCUCAUUCAGGGACUGGGAUCCACCGCGGCCCCCCUCCUCGCUGACAGCAGCACAGCCCUCCUGGACACGGUGAUCUCUGUUCUCCUCCACCCUGUCUCCUCGGCACGGGUGGCCGCUGCCUGGUGCCUGCGCUGCGUUGCCAUGGCGAUGCCGUCCCAGUGCACCUUGCUGCUGGAUCGCUGCGCCGCGCGGCUGGUGGCGCUGAAGUCUUCACCGGAGGCCGUGGCCGGGUACGGGGCGGCUAUCGCCGCCCUCGUGGCCUCAGUUCAGCACUGCCCCCUGGGAAUACCACACACCAAGGGCAAGGUGCUGCUGGGCCUGGCUGAAGACCUCCUGCGUUCAGCCUCUCAGAACAGUAGGAUGUCUCUGCAGAGGACUCAGGCCGGCUGGCUGCUCGUCUCCUCUCUCAUCACUCUCGGUCCGGCUGUAGUAGAGCACCACCUCUCCCGCCUCCUCCUCCUGUGGCGGUGUGUGUUUCCUGCAUCGCUGAGGGAGCAGGAGAUGGAGCUUCGACGAGGGGACUACUUCACGUGGCAGGUUACGCUGGAGGGACGUGCAGGGGCGCUCUGCGCCAUGAAGCAGCUGCUGCUGCGCUGCAGGGAGCUCGUCACUGACGACACCAUCGGCCGCCUGCUCACGCCGCUGGCCUGCGCUGUGGCUCUCCUCACCAAGAUGCCUGCUCUCCUCAGGUCUUACAGCACGUCAGUUCGUAGCUGGUCGAUCGUCUACAAGCUGAGAGUGUACGAGCUGCUCGCUCUGCUGCCUCCUCACACCUACCAGGAGAGUUUUGGUGUGGUUAUGAACCAGCUGGUCUCUGACCUGUCCGGCCAGGACAACCUGAACCAGCCUUGUUCAGACCUCACCCUGCUGCCCCCACUCUGUCACCAUGACGACCUGCCCCUGGUCGGCCCCGCCCUCCACGACACCGACCACAGAUACGUUGAGGAACAGCUGCAGGGCAGCAGCGUGGGAGGAGGCUCUCUGGAUCAUGACCCCUUCAGUCUGUGUGAGAAGAGCGCGGAAGCUCCUGCUCCUCUUCCUCCUCCUGUGGCUCUGACCGCCACCGCCGUCCGUCUCUUUGGCGUUCUGUUUCCCCACAUCAUUUCUGCUCAGAGGGUGAAGAUAUUGGAGCAGUUUGUAGAAACGGUGAAUCAGCUAAAGGGUCAACGCCAGCAGACCGUCCAGACACAUGUGUGUGCUGCCCUCUGCAGCCUGCUCAAGCACCAGGGCAGUGUUCGGGGCUUUCUGGGACCAGAGGAGAUCUGUUCCCCGGCUUUGUCCCUCCUGACGGGGGCGCUGGAGAGCGUCAGUCCUCUGCUGCGCUGCCUGGCUGCCGAAGGUCUGGCCCGGCUGGUUCAGGUGGUUGGAGACCCCGGCUUCACCGUCUCCGUCUCCCUGCUUUGCUUCGACAGGCUGAAGACGGCUCGGGACGCAGCAUCUCGCAGUGGCUAUGCUCUGGCUCUGGGGGCGCUGUACCGCUACACCGGAGGAAUCAGCUCACCUCAGCACCUGUCCACCUGUUUGGGAGUCCUGUUCACCCUGAGCCAGGACAGCACCUCACCUGAGGUCCAGACCUGGUCCCUCCACAGUCUGUCCCUGGUGGUUGACCUGUCCGGUGGUUUGUAUCGCGCCCACGCCGAGCCGUCCUUCACUCUGGUGCUGCGGCUGCUGCUGUCGGCUCCGCCCACCCGCCCUGAGGUUCACUACAGCCUGGGACGCUGCCUGCACGCACUCAUCACCUGCCUGGGACCCGACUUGCAGGGUGACGGUGCAGCAGUGUCCGCUCUGCGCUCCAGCUGCCUGGUGGGAUGUGGAGUGAUGCAGGCCAGUCCCGACUGUCUGGUUCAGGCCAGAGCCAUUUCCUGUCUGCAGCAGCUGCACAUGUUCUCACCUCCACAUGUCAACGUGGCCAGCCUCGUACCUGCUCUCUGUGAGAUCUUGUUGGACUGUUCCAUGUUGGCUAACCUGUGCAGCUCGUACCUGUGUCUGCGCCGGGCCGUGGUGGCGUGUCUGCGGCAGCUCGUCCAGCGGGUUGCUCUGGAGGUCUCUGAACAUGCAGUGACUCUGGUCAAAGAGCUGCCGAGACGAGACAACACACAACUCGACGUCACGUUAAAGGAAGUGGGUCUGGAAGGAGCUCUGUUCACUCUGUUGGACUGGGAGUCCGAUCCAGGUCUGAGGAGGGACAUCCAGGACACUCUGGUCCACAUGAUGAUGUCCAGUGCCACCAGUGGGAGGCUGGGACACUGGCUCAAACUCUGCAAAGACGUCCUGUCUGCAACUGCUGACUGCCGGGCUCCGGUGGAGACGAGUCAGGAGGACGAGGAGGCAGACUGCGGCAGGGACGACGACUCCUCUGCUUUCAGGGCCCGGUCGGAGUCUGGGGGCCCGUUCACGGCCCUGCGCUGGGCCACGCGCCGCUUCGCAAUGGAGUGUGUGUGUCGCAUCAUAGCGCUGUGUGAAACUGCUGACUCGGCUCACUUCGACAUGGCUCUGGCUCAGGAGCGACGCCUGCACGAGUCCACCGACUUCCUUGUCCUUCAUCUCGGUGAUCUGGUCCGCCUGGCGUUCAUGGCGGCAACAGAUCACAGCGACCAGCUGAGACUGGCGGGUCUUCAGACCCUGCUGGUGAUCAUCAGGCGCUUCUCAGCCAUUCCAGAACCAGAGUUCCCCGGUCAUGUGAUCCUGGAGCAGUACCAGGCUAAUGUUGGAGCUGCUCUCAGACCAGCCUUCACUGCUGACGCUCCUCCUGAUGUCACUGCCAAAGCCUGCCAGGUCUGCAGCGCCUGGAUUGCCAGUGGCGUCGUCAGUGACCUCCGUGACCUCCGGCGUGUCCAUCAGCUCUUGGCCACCUCACUGGCGAAAGUCCAGGUCGGGAGGGACACCUCCAGCCAGCUGUACAACGAGGCCACUGCUACCAUGGAAACACUGGCCGUCCUCAAGGCGUGGGCGGAGGUUUACAUCGUAGCUGUUCAGAGGAGCCGACAGACGGACAACCCUGGUAGGACGGCUGACAUGUCAGUCUCCCCUUUGGUCAAUGACAGCUCGAACUCUGAGUCAGGAGGGGCGGGCCUCUUGAAUUUGGUCCAAUCAGAUUUGUCGAUACUGAGUCGUCUGUGGUUAGCGGCACUGCAGGACUACGCUCUGCUGACCCUGCCACAGGAGUACGCGUCACAGCUACCUGUAACAGGAGGCUCCUUCUACACAGCAGAGACACUGAACCAGGCCAGAGCUCAUUAUUCCUCUUCCUGGGCUCCCAUCCUCCACGCCACCUCCCUCUGGCUGCACAGCAUAGGUUUUGUGAUCACAGAUGACUCACCUGUCAACUUGUCCAGACCGGCCACGCCCACCUCCAUGGGACAUGCUGACUCUGUGGGUGGAGCCAAGAGUCCAGAGGACGUGAACACCGACAGACUGCACCUCAUUCUGGGGAUCAGUGUGGAAUUCCUGUGUUCUCCACACUCUGAGGACCAGAUGGAGAACAUCACUUCAUGUCUUCAGGCUCUGCAGGUGCUCCUAGAUGUCUCCUGGCCCCGAGCUAAGAUUGGAAACGACCAGCCUCUGAGUGUGGAGCUGCUCAGCGUCCUCCACAGACUCAUGGUGACCAGAGAGUCGGCUUCUGUUCAGCUCGCCGUGUUGGAUUUAUUGCGACAGAUUGUGACGGCGGCUCAGGAGCACAUCAGGGAGAAGCGCCACAGUGCAGAGGUGGAUGACGGUGCGGCAGAGAAGGAGACGCUACCAGAGUUCGGGGAGGGACGGGACACCGGCGGUUUGAUUCCCGGGCGCUCGCUGGUGUUCGGAGCACUGGAGCUCUGCCUCUGUGUGCUGGUCCGGAAGCUCCCACAGCUCAGCCCCAAACUGGCUGGAACCAGUCCAACUGGUCCUGGAGGCUCAGUGUGGAGUUUGACUGACAGCGACUGUCGGCUGGUGGCGUCGGCUGUGUGUGUCCUGUCCGAGCUGCCGUCCAUCUGCUCUCCUGAGGGCAGCGUGUCCAUCCUCCCCACUGUCCUCCACCUUCUGCUGGGAGUCCUCAGGGAGUUGGUCCAUCAGCCCAGGACAUGCACAGCUCUUUGUCAUUUUAUUGGUUUUACAGAAGGAAACUCAUCAUUUCGUCUCCCAGGUGCCCCGGCGGCAGACUCAGGGGGCGGGGCUGCUCUGGGUGUGGUGGUCCAGGCGUCUAUUCAGGCUCUGAAGUCCGUCCUGACGUCUCCAAUGAGUCGACAGGAGAAGAGUCGAGGAGCCUGGAACCUGCUGCUGAGAUCGGCCCUGAACACACUGCUGGGACUCUGGGACACUGGGGACUCUGGCUGUGCUGUGGAUCAGAUCAGCCUCCUCACAGCACUGACCGUCUUCCUGCUGUCUGCUGGUCCUGACGUCUGUACUGUGGAGCCUCUGCACACGCUCUGUCUGCAGCGCUUCACCAUCAGUAUGGAUGCCAAAGACCCGCAGGUCGUGAGUCGGUGUUAUCAGCUGCUCACGUCGGUGUUUCAGGCUCAGCCGGCCGUAGCCGUCCCAUAUAUCCAGGCCCUUGGUCCACCACUGGUUCGAUUCCUUCAGAGGGUGGAGAGGAGUCGACCUCAGAGUCCAGAGGAGCUGCUGGGAGUCCUGGAGGGAGUCCGAGCCUUGGAGGCUCUGGUCCAGGCUGUUGAUGAGUCACAGCGUCCUCAGCUCGUGGCUGUCCUGCUUCCCCUCCUCAUCUCCUUCCUUCUGGAUGAAAACGCCCUCAGCUCGGCCCCCCCGGCGUCCAGAGCUCUGCACGAGGCAGCUCUGAAGGACCUGAUGCGUCUGGGCCCCCAGCACUCCACUGUCUUCAGGUGUCUCAUCGCGUCGUCUCCUCACCUCAAGUCUCGUCUGGAAGCUGCUGUGAAAGGAAACCAGGAGAGUCUGAAUGCUAAAGCUAGCAGCGCUAACCCCACCACCCACAGCACCGCCAAGUCCUCCCCCAGCAUCACGCUCAAAACCAACUUCCUGUGAGACGACUGACCACGGAUCAGCAGGACGGAUGUCAAUGUCUGGAGCUUAUUGUCAUAAACAUAUCUUGCUGCGUUCACUGUCCCCUGGGACAAAUGAUGCUUCUGUCGUCUGAGAAUCUGGUCACAUGGAGCAUGAAGUUUCCAGGGCGUCUCCACAUCAGACAGACGUUAAUGUCUUCACAUCGUUUCCUGUCUCACAGCGACGCUGCAUAUCACUUAAUCACACAUCAUUUUAUUCAGCGUCGUGUAAGAUCACUGCAUCAUCUUUCAUCCAUUUAUCAGUUUUCAGGCUGGGCAGCAGUUUGUCUCACUUCGUUUCAGGGUAAAAAAGAAUGCAGAGGCUUGAAACUUCCACAAACCAGCUGCAACUUUUACAAAUGAAGAGCAGAGCAGUUUGUUUCCUGCAGAAUCUCCUGUUCAGCACAGGAACGAACAUUCAGGCUCAGUCAGCAGCAAUUUAAACAGCUGACGAAUCUGUCGACGCGAUUUAUUAAAAAAAAAAAUGCUGAAUGUUUGUGGGCUUCAGCUUCACAUAUCAUCAGACAGUGAGGUCCUGUGUGUUUCAUAGCUGUCCUUUAGACUAAACAAGCAA